AUGCAAUGGCGGUCGUUGGUGUUGGCGCUGCUGGCCCUGAGACUGGCCGGGCAAGCCCUCCUGUGGCUGGCGGGGCCCAGCUUCGGCUUCUACCAGCAGCGCCUCCGGACUUUUUCCUGCGGCAGCCCGGCCAAGGAAGGAGACCCCUCCAGCUCGCGGUGCCUCAAAGCCCCUCACUGGGCCUCUUUCUUGGGACGAGUUUGGGGAGGCGAUAGCGGCGGAGGCGAGGGCGGCCGCGGGGAGAGCCUCAAACCCACCGCCGCUUCUUCCUCGUCGUCCCGCCGCGGUGGCCACGACGAGUACGAGCAGCGCUACAACCGGGCUUUCCCCCCGCAGCUCCGGGCCCAGUUGCGCGACGCCGCCCGCAGCAUGUUCUCUUUCGGCUACGACAGCUACAUGGCCCACGCUUUCCCUCAGGACGAGCUCAACCCCAUCGACUGCCGCGGGCGCGGCCCCGACCUAGCUGACCCUUCAAAUCUGAAUAUCAAUGAUGUCCUGGGAAACUACUCGCUUACUCUGAUUGAUGCAUUGGAUACCCUAGCAGUAAUGGGAAAUUCUUCAGAAUUUCGGAAAGCAGUGAAGCUUGUGAUAGACACAGUAACAUUUGACACAGAUUCAACUGUCCAAGUCUUUGAGGCAACAAUUAGGGUUUUGGGAAGCCUGCUUUCAGCCCACAUAAUAAUUACAGAUGCCAGACAGCCUUUUGGUGAUAUGACUAUUAAGGGAUAUGACGAUGAACUGUUGCAUAUGGCUCAUGACUUGGCAGUAAGGUUAUUACCUGCUUUUGAGAAUACCAAAACUGGAAUUCCUUAUCCAAGGGUGAACUUAAAGACAGGAGUUCCUUCUGGGAGCAAUAAUGAGACUUGCACUGCAGGGGCUGGAUCAUUACUGGUGGAAUUUGGAAUUCUUAGUCGGCUUCUUGGGGAUUCAACUUUUGAGUGGGUUGCCCGUCGAGCUGUAAAAGCCCUUUGGAACUUAAGGAGCAAUGACACUGGAUUAUUAGGUAAUGUUGUGAAUAUUCAAACUGGCCAUUGGGUAGGAAAACAAAGUGGCUUAGGAGCAGGCUUAGAUUCCUUCUAUGAGUAUCUUUUGAAAUCGUACAUCCUCUUUGGAGAAAAAGAAGAUUUAGAGAUGUUCAAUGAUGCUUAUCGGAGUAUUCAGAACCACUUAAGGCGAGGGAGGGAAGCCUGCAAUGAAGGUGAAGGAGACCCACCUCUUUAUGUUAACGUUAAUAUGUUUAGUGGCCAACUAAUGAAUACCUGGAUUGAUUCUCUUCAAGCUUUUUUUCCUGGACUUCAGGUUUUAAUAGGUGAUGUAGAAGAUGCCAUUUGCCUUCAUGCAUUUUAUUAUGCAAUAUGGAAACGAUAUGGUGCUCUUCCAGAGAGAUACAAUUGGCAGUUACAAGCACCCGAUGUUCUCUUUUAUCCUCUGAGGCCUGAAUUAGUAGAAUCUACAUAUCUCCUGUAUCAGGCCACAAAGAACCCUUUUUAUCUUCAUGUAGGAAUGGAUAUUCUUCAGAGUCUGGAGAAAUAUACUAAAGCAAAAUGUGGUUAUGCUACUCUUCACCAUGUUAUAGAGAAAUCCAAAGAAGAUCGGAUGGAAAGUUUUUUUCUCAGUGAAACAUGUAAAUAUUUGUUUUUGCUAUUUGAUGAAGAAAAUCCUGUGCACAAAUCAGGCAAUAAGUACAUGUUUACCACAGAAGGACACAUAGUAUCACUGGAUAAGCGCCUUCGUGUUUCAGUAGGGCAGAAUACCUCCCCUGAGCAGCAGAAGAAACCUGGAAAGAUAAAGUCAAAUGAACUAAAAGCAAACAAUUCCAUCUCUAAUUGUAACAGAGUACCAGAUGAGAGAAGAUACCUGCUGCCUUUGAAGAGCAUUUAUAUGAGACAGAUAGAUCAGAUGGUGGGUUUGAUCUGAAUAGCUGUGAAAUAAUCCUAAGAAGAUGCAAGACAACAUCUCAUUAAAAGAUUAUGAUCCUCUUGAACUACAAGGCUAACAGCAAAUGCAGGUGCUUAAUUAGUCACUCAUUGGAAUGAGAGUUUGAUCUCAUGUUGAAAAGAGCAUUCCAUGUUAGACUGCAGUUAUUGUAACUGAAAUGGAGUAAAACAUGGCAUAAUGCAAACUUAAGAUCUCAUGCAUCAAACUUCAGAGCUCAUAUUGCUGAUAGUUAAAGUUAAGGUUGCAUUAGUGGCUUGCACCUGAAAUGGCGCCCUGCUAUCACUUAUUUGUCUCCCGAAAGAGAACAUUGGGGAAAAACUUGCAAUUUAAAAUA